UUCCGCUGGAUCUUCAACUAGCGCUAAAACCUCACAAAACAAAGAAAGAAAACUGCAGCUGGACUUAUCAACACGACAGGCAAAGCAGGGAGCAAAUGCUGGGAACAAAAGAAAAAAGGGUAAACGGAUAUUUACCUCUGAGUCAGAGAUUCAGAAAGAAAGAGAGAGGAUAGAACAGGACCAUAACAUCAACCUCAAAAAAAUUGAAGACCGUUCGUCAAUGACUCAAGAUGCCGCUGCCAAUGAUUUGGGAGUUGGCAAAUCAACACUGAAGCGUAUAUGUAGAUUAUACGGUAUAACUAGAUGGCCACCCAAGAAUAAGGAGAAGAAAACAAAAUGCUCCCACUCUCGUAAAAUGAAAUCAAUCCUCCCUGCUGAGGAAGAUGUCAAUGCUAGAACAAAAUUCCAGCAAUCUUCUGAUUCCCCUAACAAGGAAGACACAAUUAAUGGAGCUAAAGUUGGAGCACAUGUUACAGAAAUCCUAGAUGGUACAGCUGUGAUUACAAAGGUAAAUUAUGGAGAUAGGAUGCUAAAAUUGAAGCUAACUAGUUCUUCUAAGAUGAAGGAUUUAGAAGAGGAAGUGGUAAAGAGGGUCGAGUCAUCGAUCGAAAGUUUUGAUUUCACGUAUGUAGAUAAAGAGGGUGAUACGAUAUUGAUAAAAUGUGAUGAGGAUUUGACGGAAUGUUUUCUGCAUUCUAGAUCUUCAGAAAGCGCGACUGUUAAGAUGUCCAUCACCCCAAAGUCUUAAAUUAUGCAAGUCUUUCUUUCUUUCUUUCUAGUAUAUGUAGUUGGUUAUCUUUUGAAUACUUUUCUCUCAAAAUGAAGUUGGUAGUUCUUUUC